CGUACUUGUCAUACACAACUGCCUUGUCUUAUAUUCUUUGCGCUUUGUUUAGUUUAAAGGGAUACGUAAUGAUUGGUCAAUUAUUUCCAGUUUAUCUAUUACCAUUGAUUGCAUUUUGUUCCGUUGCACAGUUGAUCCGUAAAGAUGAUUUGAGUGGAAGAAUAUGGAGAGCAACAAAAGAUGUCAUCAUUGAUUCGCAUUGUACUUCUAGAUUUACAGAAUUCAAAGAACACUGUUACAACCUCGUUCAUAAGAAGUCGAGCUGGUCACAAGCAAAGGAAGAGUGUACAAAAGUUAACGACAAACUCAUUACUAUCAAAAGUCUAGGAGAACAAAAAUUUGUGAAUGAAUUCAUUUCAUCUGUUAGUUUCGAAGAAACAGCACGAGUGUGGAUAGGCUUAUCAAGAAAUCCAUAUAAUCUAAGUAUCUUCAAUUGGGUGGAUGGAACAAAUGUCUCCUAUGAAAACUGGUAUAAAAUGAAGGAUUAUGGAGACGAGAACCCGGAUGAACCAAACAGCGAAGACGAAAAAUGCGGAAAUAUAUUCAUGGAGCCGAACAAACUUGGAAAAUGGAAUGACGAAAAAUGUGAAAAAGAAUAUUUUUACAUUUGCGAGGGAACACCUGUUCAGUUAAAAAGCGACAUUAAAAUUGGCGCCAAUGGACAACUUUCGGCGAUUGAAGGAAACCCUCUUACUGUUCGCUGUGUGGCAAAUACAAAGUCCGAUAGAUAUGAAGUAGUAUACAAAUGGACAUUGAAUGACGCAGAAAUAUUCCCAUUACCGUCGUCUCGAUUUCAAAUAGAUUCAACCACGAAUUUUUCUGAACUGUCAGUGAGAAAUACGAACCCAAGAGAUACAGGUACUUUAAAGUGCAUAGUUAAUGUUGGAAAUGAAACUGGAAUUUCAAGUGGAGAUAUCGUCGUUUACUCUCUCAGACUGUUAGCAAACCCCGCAACAUUGGUGAAAGGAAAUGGAACCGAAAUUUCAUGCGAACUUAGUCCUAAUAUCACCAAUCAGCUAAAUGCUACAUUUAAACUUUAUGGGAAUAGCAUAUAUGAUGCAAGACAUGAAAAAUACAAAGGAGGAGUAAAGGUCAUAGUCGAUGAGCUAUUAUACAGUACCAAAAUCAGAUGUGAAAUUCAGCUAGAUGAAAAGUCCAGUUAUUCUAAAACCAUUCAAACUACGGUUUUUGAUGCAGAUGCCACAUUCUGUGCACCUGAGACAGACACAUACACUUUUGGUACACAUAAUAUGACUUGGAACGCGACAAACGUGGGCCUUACAGCAUACUCGCCAUGUCCAGAGGGAUUUGAUGGAGUGGUUUCACGCAAAUGUAAGUUGAAAGCUAGUUCCGGGGUGUGGGAAAAAUCAAAUGUAACUGACUGUACAAGACGCAUUUUAAGAGACUUGAUAAACCAGUUGGAACAAAUUAAUGAUGGAUUUCAAAAUGUGUUAAACGAAGAAAUCCUUGAAAUAUUUUCGAAUACGAUAGAUUCUCUGAACAACCAGUCGUCUUUGAUAGCAGGAGAUAUGAACAGUGGAGUUAUUAUCCUGGAGAAAUCGACUGAUAUUUUCUCAUCGCAAAACCGCAAUAUUUCAUUUGCAGAAACAGAGGCUUUCCUAUCAGCUGCAAAUAGCUUAUUGUCAAGUCAAACAGCAACAGAUUUGUGGCAAGAGGUUGGAGAUAAUGACGCUGCUAAAGUAUUGAACAUAACAUCAACAUUUGCUGGUGUCACAUUUGAAUCACAUCAAAACAAUACACCAUUGAAAAUUUCAAAACCGUCUAUAGAUGUAGAAAUUAACAAAUACAACGAAGGAGACAUCGCUUUCCGAUUGUUUGAUCAAACACGUGGUAAGGAUGACCGUCUUUUCUUAGCAAAGGAGAGUUUGAGAGAAGAUGCAAAUACAACAGGAUACAUUGCGAUUCAUUAUAGUACAAUAGCACAGUUAUUGCCAAGAAAAACAAGUGUCAAUAAUCAGGACAUUACAGUACUUACGUCAGUUCUGUCCCUUACAAUACCAGGGCUCAACCAGACGCGUUUGAACCCACCAUUACAUUUAUUCUUCAGAAAUGAUCAGAAUCACGACAAAGCAGUAAGAUGUUCCUAUUGGGACUACACGUUAAAGAAGACUGGUUUCUGGUCAUCAAGCGGAUUAAAGACUGUUCACCAGAAUAGUACCUAUACAGAAUGUACAAGUACUCAUUUGACCAACUUUGCUGUUCUGUUGAGUUUAUAUGAAAUACCAGAAAAUCAUAACGAGGUUCUUGCUGUUAUUACGCAAAUUGGUUGUUCGAUAUCCAUUGCUGCUCUUGUCCUUUUGUUAAUAAUAUACUUUAUUGAGUGGAGACUUCUACCAUCUGACAAAUCCAAAAUUCUAGUUACAAUGGCUGCAGUUUUCCUCCUCGCGUAUGUGGUAUUUUUAGCUGGAAUAGAGGGAACAGAGAAUAAGGUAGCAUGCAAAGUAGUCGCCAUUGUCCUUCAUUUCCUAUUUUUAGUGGGUAUACAUAUGAUGGUUGCAGAAGGCAUUGUGCACGGGAAAAUGCUUGCCACAGUAUCAACCGAACAGCGUUCAAUAUCACCGAUUCUAAUUCCAAUUGGUUGGGGAAUACCAGUGCUCAUUGUUGCUAUAUCGAUGGCAAUAACAAAACUAGAAGGAUACGGCGAUGGAAAAUAUUGUUGGUUAUCAACAAGUAAUGGUCUAAUUUGGGCGUUUUUCGUCCCCUGUGCAGUAGCAGUUGUUACCAACUUUGUGAUCUUUGUAUUCGUUGUGAAGAAGCUUUUCUCUAUACAAGUUGUAAAAAAGAAAACAAAACUACAGCAAUUCAUAAGUGGAUUGCGAUGUUUUUCAGUGUUAGCACCCCUUUUUGGGUUAACAUGGACUCUAGGAUUCUUCUCUUUAAAUGAAGAUACAAUCGUUUUUAGUUAUUUAUUUGUUAUCAUCAAUUCAUUACAGGGAUUACUGAUAUUCAUUGUACAUGGAUUAUUAAACCCUAAAAUUCAAAGUUCAUGGAAACGGAAAUUAUCUGUAUUUCGAAAGAAGGGACACUUCUCAACUACAACCAAAACAACUGAAGAAAUCACGUGUGACAACAUUACAGCUGUUGCAUGGAAAGAAGGUCAUUCAAGUAUAGAAGAUACUAAGACUGAAUCAUGACAGAACAACACAGCUUUAACUUCUUGCACGAUGUUAUUUAUUAUAGAAUUUUAUGAUAUUACUAUUUUGGAAUACGGAAUAAUUCAUUAUUUUAGCUUUUAUUUUUGUUAUGUAUGAAUGUUAAUAUAUUUGUAAGUUGAUUUUUUC